ACCCAUGAUGGGGGCUGAGGCACUGGGUCCUCUGGCCAUGCUUGCCCCUCUCCGGGAUCUGGUUUGUGGCUAUGGUGGGGCCUGAAACUGGCUCAGUGGUGCAAGGGUCAUUGCACAACUCUAGGGGGUGCCCACCACCUUGUGGUCAUUGCAGGCAUGCUUAGCUAUUUCAACAGGUAUCUGGCAUGGCGGUUAUCAAGUACUGGGGAAGUGACUUUUUUCUAAUUCUCAACCGUAUGCCACCAGGGUGGGCAGCAAGGGAGACAGAUCCCAAAUUCAGGCCUGGGUAACGGUAAGCUUCCAGUCCAGUGCCGGGCAGGGCUCAGGAAGCUGCUGAGAGCUAUGUUCUCAUGCCUGGGGUCAGCGAUGGGGACGAUUCCUUGAUGCUGGUGGUGUUAGGGCCAGGGGCAUGGGUUCUGGGCUCACCUGCUGGUCCACAUGUCUCCCUCGGGGGCCAGCUGAACUUGCACAAGUUGCUUCAACCUAAGCCUUGGUUUCCUGUCUGUGAAUGGGUCUAGGACCGUGCAUCAGGACUGUGGCUCUGAGGUGGUGGUGACACAGCCAGGUGACAAAUGGGUUGGAGGAUUAACAGAGAAUCCUUAGGCUUCCUCAUGCUCUGCUCUCUGAUGCAUCCUGGGAACCUGUUCCACUCAGCCUAGGUUCAGCUUGUGUGUGUGUGUGUGUGUGUGUGUGUGUGUGUGUGUGUGUGUGUAUUGGGAGAGGGUGGUGCUGAUGGCAAAGUCAGUAUCUCUGGUGGGUGAGGCUUGCACAUUCCUGGGGACGGGGAGCUUACCAUCUUCUGUGCCUAGGACAGGAGCCAUGGGGUCUGGAGGAGACUCUUCAGCCCAGCCCCUGCAGCCUUUUCUAGGGUGGCAUGGUUUCCCCAGACUGACUCCCCUCAGGUUGCUUUUCAGCAUGUAGGGGUUGGGGGGCUGAGCAGAAUAAAACGUGACACGCUCACCACGUAAGGAAGGUUCUUGGUUCUGUACCUCAGGCGUUUGUUGACACAGCCUUUAAUGAGAUACCUUUCCUCUGGACUCUCCUCUCUGGGGCCUGCAGCUGCUGCUAGGCUUCAUCUGUGCUCCGUCACAGACAGUGUUUGGUCCCUCACCUUGCCCCAGGAUGUGGUUUUCCUGUUGGGACCCUACUGGGAUCACCUGUUGGGUGGGGCCAUCCUCUGCCCGCUCAGACAUUCUUCCUACCCUCGAGCUGCUGCUGACACUGCCAUGUCUUAUGCCUUCCCAGGCGAGGAGGAAGUGGCUAAGCAGGCUUAGGCUAGGGACAGAGCCCUGUGUCUCUCCACUCUAGACCCCUGCCAGCUGACUGGCCUGCAACACAAAUCCCCUGACAUCCUGGCUGGUGGCUAGCCCUCAGGGACAGGUUAUGGGCCUUGGUCCCUGGAGCCUGCCCUGUCCAUCUUCUCAGUCACCCUGGUCUGCAGGUGAUGUCCAGGGGAAAAGAGCUGAGUCAUGGCGCCCCGUCCCGGGGCCGUGGAAGAUUUCAUGGGAGUGCAUUUGUCCGGUGGAUUCCAUCCCAAGCCUGUUCAAGGGCAGUGGGUAACAAGACAAGGCCUGUUUUGACUGUGCGACCCAGAGUGUGCAGCAAUACUCUGUAGGGGCAAUGAGACCUCUAUAGCUCUUCCUGUCUGUCAGCUGCCACAGCCUUGCAGGGUGGUCAUAGCUGAGGUGUUACAGAUAGGGACUGUGGGGGCUCCUGGGCAGCCUAGAUACAACUAGCAAGGAAGCCAGGGAUGGAGCAAUGACUCAGGGAGUGGCUGAUCCUUAUUCUUGGCACAUGGAGGCCAAAGGGGGAUGGAAAGCAGCGUCCAAGGUCCCUGGGCUGGGCAUGCACCUACUCCUGGCUUGAGAUCUCCUUGUUGGCCCGGUCAGGGACAUGCAGGAACUUGGGUGCGGGUAUCAAGUGGCCAGGUGUGCACUGUUGGGCUGCGUGGCUUGAACCAGCUCUGGCGAGGUCCGGGCCCUGCCUUUCCAGGCUGCUCAGGGGGGUUCUUGGGCCCGAGGUGCUGACAUUCCCGGAUAGGCGGUGGAACCGGUCUGGACGCGAGGCCCCAGGCUGUGUUCCAGGAAGGCACCCUUGGCAUCUGCUUGAGGGCUGUGGUGAGGGCUCUCAGGUCCUGGUUCUGGUCUGGUGCUGGCGGCACCUCUGCUGCGUUGCCUCAGGAACCAUCUCUGGGACAUUGUGUUUGGCCCUGGAGUUCAGACACUUUGACAGGGGUGGGGUGUACCCAGCCUGGGGCUUGCUGGAGGGGUGUUCGCCAGGAGACCCUGCCCUUUGGAGAGAACUGUGUCCAAGAGAGGGGGACUCCUUGCCCCUGGCACCACACCUCUCUUUCCCUGUUGGGGUCACACCCCUCACCUGCUGCCACUGCCUUGGGGACCCCAGAAGUCAUGCUGUCAUAACACCUCCCAUCUCCUACCCAGGGCCCUCCCAGAGCUGUGUGAACUUUAGUCAUCUGCUGACAGGCCAAGUCACUGUGUCUCCUUGCUUCCUCAACGUCAGCCCCUGGGGCUGUCCUCCCUGUCAGACUGGACCUUUUAGAGGACAGCCUGCUCUCCACCCUGCUUAGACACUUUCAACGGUCCCAUGGGGUUGCUGAGUGACUCCCAGCCAGCUUCUUGCCUGCUCUGGGACUAGGAGAGCAAAGAGGCUGCCUGGUCGAGGUGUCUGUCUGGAGCAGAUUCUGCGGACACCAACUCCUACUGUCUGUGAGGGAGACCCCAGUUAUUUCCUUAGCUGUUUCAGCCAAGCCCUCCCGGCUUUUGUGGCCACCUCCCCAGGCAAGGUGUGGGGCUUCCAUCCGCUGAGAAAGGUACUUGCAGAGCCAUGAAGAAGCGGUAUGUGGUGCUGGCCCUGCUGGCCGUGGUCCUAGUGAUCUUCAUCAUCAUCCUGUGCCUUUGUCUGCUCUUGACCUCCAAGCCACAGAGCCACGUCUACCCCAGGGCAGCUGUGGCCACAGAUGCCAAGUAUUGCUCAGAGAUCGGGAGGGACAUGCUGAGGGACGGUGGCUCGGCGGUGGAUGCUGCCAUUGCGGCCCUGCUGUGUGUGGGGCUCAUGAACGCCCACAGCAUGGGCAUCGGGGGCGGCCUGUUCCUCACCAUCUACAACAGCACCACGCGAAAAGUUGAGAUCAUCAACGCCCGUGAGGUGGCCCCUGGGCUGGCCUCCAAAGGCAUGUUCAACAGCCCGGAGCAGUCACAGAAAGGGGGGCUGUCGGUGGCAGUUCCCGGUGAGAUCCGAGGCUAUGAGUUGGCCCACCAGCGGCAUGGGCGGCUGCCCUGGGCUCACCUCUUUCAGCCCAGCAUCCAGCUGGCCCGCCAGGGCUUCCCUGUGGGGAAGGGCUUGGCGGCAGCCCUGGAGAAAGACAGGGCUGUCAUCGAGGAACAGCCUGCACUGUGUGAGGUGUUCUGCCGGGAUGGGAAGGUGCUGCGGGAGGGGGACAGACUGACCAUGCCGCAGCUGGCCAACACAUACGAGACGCUGGCCUUGGAGGGAGCCCAGGCCUUCUACAACGGGAGCCUCACAGCCCAGAUUGUCAAGGACAUCCAGGAGGCUGGGGGCAUUAUGACCACCGAGGACCUGAACAACUACCGUGCUGAGCUGAUAGAGCAGCCACUGAACAUCAGCCUCGGGGACGCCCAGCUCUACGUGCCCAGUGCCCCACUCAGUGGGCCGGUGCUGGCUCUCAUCCUCAACAUCCUCAAGGCGAGUGUGGAGACACCCGAACAGAAGGGUCUCACCUACCACCGCAUCGUGGAGGCCUUCCGGUUUGCCUAUGCCAAGAGGACCCUGCUUGGGGACCCCAAGUUUGUCAAUAUGAUGGAGGUGGUCCGCAACAUGAGCUCCGAGUUCUUUGCCGCCCAGCUCCGGGCCCGGAUCUCUGAUGAUACCACUCACCCGUUCCCCUACUAUGAGCCUGAGUUCUACACGCCUGAUGAUGGUGGCACUGCCCACCUGUCCGUGGUCGCAGAGGACGGCAGCGCUGUGUCGGCCACCAGCACCAUCAACCUCUACUUCGGUUCUAAGGUACGAUCACGGGUCAGUGGGAUCCUCUUCAAUGAUGAAAUGGAUGACUUCAGCUCCCCCAACAUCACCAACCAGUUCGGGGUGCCCCCCUCACCAGCCAACUUCAUCAAACCAGGGAAGCAGCCACUCUCAUCCAUGUGUCCAGCGAUCAUUGUGGGCCGGGAUGGCCAGGUCCGCAUGGUGGUGGGUGCCUCCGGGGGCACGAAAAUCACCACAGCCACUGCGCUGGUAGGUAUCACCCAUUUAUCCCCCCAGCCCCUGUCCCUGGACCACACUGACCCCCUCACCGCCCCCCCCCCCCGCCACCCCCAGGCCAUCAUCCAUAGCCUGUGGUUUGGCUACGAUGUGAAGCGGGCAGUAGAGGAGCCCCGACUGCACAACCAGCUUCUGCCUAACACCACGACCCUGGAGAAAGACACUGACCAGGCGGUGGUUGCAGCCCUGAAGACCCGGCACCACCACGCUGAGGUCACUUCCAACUUCAUCGCUGUGGUACAGGCCAUUGUCCACACGGCUGGUGGCUGGGCAGCUGCCUCAGAUUCCAGGAAAGGCGGGGAGCCUGCUGGCUACUGAGUACUCAGGGCGGGCAAGGCUGACUGGUGACCUAAGGAUGAGAUGUCCGCUGGGACCAAAGUGGGACUUUGAGGGGAUUUGCUUCCCCUGUGAGUGACAAAGCAGUGCAAUAAAUGGGGGCCACACCAUCAGGCUCUGGGCAGCCUUGCCAGCCAGGCUCCCAUAUCCCUG